UCUCGGCAACCAACAGAAUCGCCGUGAUGGGGCUAGAAUUUUUGGUCAUAUUAUCAUUUCGAUGGCUUCAUUUUGAUUGUAUUAGUUUUCGUGCAGAAAUCUAGGCAGCCUGGCGAAGUUUACUUUGUCAUGAGCUGCUUGUCGCAACUAUCAUCGUACACUGCUGCUUUGAUUACGAGGACCACUUACUUCGUUAGCACACGUUCUCUGUAUGGAUGUUCUGUCUUUUCAUGGAAGAGGAAGUUAGAGUAUCCUGCUAUUAGGUCUGCCCAUUUAGAAUUUGUGCUUACAAGGUUUCGUGUUCAGUGCUAUUCAUCUAGAAAAGGCCGCAAAUCUGCUUCUAAAUUGCAGAAGCUAGAACCUGAACCAGUGAUGGAGCAAGAAAAGGAUGCUUUUUUUGUCGUACGUAAAGGGGAUAUCGUUGGUAUCUACAACAGUCUCAUUGAAUGUCAGGCUCAAGUUGGAUCUUCCAUAUGCAAUCCUCCUGUUAGUGUGUACAAGGGAUACUCCCUGCCUAAGGACGCUGAGGACUAUCUUGUCUCACGGGGACUAAAGAAUGCCUUGUACACUGUAAGAGCUGCUGAUUUGAACGAGGAUAUAUUUGGUACUCUUGUUCCUUGUCCCUUCCAGGAUCCAGCUUCUUUGGAGGCAGGCACAUCAAGCAAUGCCGCAUCUAAAAAGAGAUCUUUGGGUGUGCUUGGACAAGAAAACGUGGAGGAAGGAAUUGGUGUGACAUUCCUCUCUGAAGACCCAUUGAAAAAACAAGUGAAGUUAGAUCAUUCUGCUUUGGCUCAAGUACCAUCAUCUGAAUUGGAAGACGACGGAAAGAGUAGGGAGCUCAAGAAAGGGGUAGGGAUGAAGGCAGGAGUGGGAACGAUGGGCGGGGCUUGGGGUCAAGGUGGAGGGUGGGGCGGGAAGAAGAGAAGAGAGUGUGGGAAAUGGACUGUGCCGUCUGUGCGUGUGCCGCUGAAAAGAGACUGGAAAAUGGGAUGA